AUGAAACGCCGUGUAACGGUACAUUUCGGAGAUGUACGUGUAGUAGUUCCAUGUCAACACGAGGACACAACCGUUGCUGACCUUGCCGAGGCUGCCAUCAUCAGGUACAAAAAGGCUACUGGGAAGGUGAAUGAAGGUUUCUUCUAUUGCUGUUUUUUACUCGUUUUUUUUCUCUUUUUGCGAUGUUUCAGUAAAGAGAAGUGUUGGCUGGUUGGCAUUGACUGUUUUUCACUCAGAUGA